UCUUUUCUAAGUUUCUCUUUCUCGUCUACACAAUUCGCCAUUUCUCUAGCGUCUUUCAGAAAUCUUCGAUUCAGCUUCUACCUUAGACUCCAUGGGGAGAAAGGCUGGAAAUUUGUACAUAAACCCGAAAAAGCUUGGGGGUAUAGCAAAACCAUGUAUGAAGGAAAUGGUAUCAUUCUUGAACUGUAUGGCUCUUCACCAAUGCAAAGAUGAUAAAUGCGAGAAACAGAAGCAACUUCUUAGCGUUUGUAUGCAGGGCCAGGCGGAGAAGUCGAAGUCUUGGGGAAACAUCAACUACCAUUUGCAGAGGCUAACCCGAGGAAGAAAGUAAUAUAGCAUGGAUCAUGUAUUCAUGGAGACUGAUGAUAGAUUCCGCUGAUGGGUCAACUGGUAGCUAAUGCUUAUUGAUCACUUUAUUUGUAUCCCUAUUCUUUUGGGCAUAUGUACAAGUUGUUGGGCAUCUAGAAGAAGAGAAACAUUGGACACAUUUGUUCAUUUAAAGAGAGGAUUUGGUCUCUUUGUUUUGCAAUAAAACAUGUCUUCUGAGCCAA